AUGUCUUUGAUUCCUGUGGUUGUCAAUGUAUAUGAUAUGUACUGGUUUAAUGAGUACACAUCUUCAUUGGGUAUUGGUGUUUAUCAUUCGGGAAUUGAAAUAUAUGGACAAGAAUUUGCAUAUGGAGGACACCCAUAUCCAUUUUCUGGAAUAUUUGAUAUACCUCCACGAGAGGCUGAGGAACUUGGAGAGCAGUUCAAAUUCAAGGAAUCCAUAGUCAUUGGUUUCACAGAUCUUCAAAAGGAGGAUGUAUUACGAAUCGUUGAACAGCUUGGCCAUCAGUAUCACGGAAAUCAAUACCAUUUGUUAAAUAAAAACUGCAAUCAUUUCUCUGCUGCUUUGGUUGAGGUUCUUUGUGGCAAAGAGCUUCCAAAUUGGGUCAAUAGAUUGGCUUACAUGAGUUCUUGUAUCCCUUUUGUCGAAAAAGCUAUACCUAAAGAAUGGCUAACACCAUUGGCCUUACAAACAUCCAUCCAUCAACAUAACGAAAAUUUAUCACCCUUAAAUGAAAGAUCAGAUAGCAACUAUAAGCCAACAUGA